AUGCCUAAAUCCCACAGUUCUUGGUCGUACCAGAGGCACAAUCCAUCUUCUUCCCUACACCAUCCAAAAAAAGAAAUGAAUUUUUUCCAGCAGCAGCCACCACCAUCUGGCAAAGCCACAGGGCAAAUGAUAUUCCCUCCAAACUGGCAGGCCGGAGGGAAGGACGCAGUUUUCCUCUCCAAGAACUUGAAGUUGCUGACAUUGAACCAACAGCAGCCAGAAGGAAACUGGGGCCAACAGAGGGCAAAGGGGCCCGAGAACAACCUGUACAGCCAGUACGAGGAGAAGGUGCGCCCCUGCAUCGACCUCAUCGACUCCCUGCGGGCCCUGGGCGUGGAGCAGGACCUGGCCCUGCCUGCCAUCGCCGUCAUCGGGGACCAGAGCUCCGGCAAGAGCUCUGUGCUGGAGGCUCUUUCGGGAGUCGCCCUGCCCAGAGGCAGCGGAAUCGUCACCAGGUGUCCCCUGGUGUUGAAGCUGAAAAAGCAGCUUCAUGAGCCAGCGUGGACGGGGAGGCUCAGCUACCAGACCACGGAGCUCCAGCUCCACAACCCCUCGCAGGUGGAGAAGGAAAUUCAGAAAGCCCAGAAUGCCAUAGCUGGGGAUGGAGUUGGCAUUAGCCAUGAGCUCAUUAAUCUGGAGAUCACCUCCCCCGAUGUUCCCGAUCUGACCCUCAUUGACCUUCCUGGCAUCGCCAGAGUGGCUGUGGGAAAUCAGCCCCAGGACAUUGGAUUGCAGAUCAAGGCCCUCAUCAAGAAGUACAUUCAGAGGCAACAGACGAUCAACUUGGUGGUGGUCCCCUGCAACGUGGACAUCGCCACCACAGAGGCACUGAGCAUGGCUCAGGAGGUGGACCCGGAUGGAGACAGGACCAUAGGAAUCCUGACCAAACCAGAUCUCGUGGACAAGGGCACUGAGAGAGUCAUUGUGAAUGUGGUGCAGAACCUCACCUACCAUCUCAAGAAGGGCUACAUGAUAGUGAAGUGCCGGGGCCAGCAGGAGGUCACCAACAAGCUGAGCCUGGCCGAGGCAACCAGUAAAGAAAUGACGUUCUUCCAGACACAUCCGUAUUUCAGAAUUCUCCUGGAGGAAGGAAAGGCCACGGUGCCCCGACUGGCAGAGAAACUUACCACGGAGCUCAUCUCACACAUCAAUAAAUCACUCCCACUGUUAGACAGUCAAAUAAAGGAGAGCCACCAGAAGGCCACAGAGGAGUUGCGCCAGUGCGGAGCCAAUGUCCCCAGCAGCGACACCGAGAAAAUGUUCUUUCUCAUCGAGAAAAUUAAGGUGUUUAAUCAGGACAUCGAAAAGUUAACAGAAGGAGAAGAAGUUGUAAGGGAGAAAGAGACCCGCUUAUAUAACAAAAUCAGAGAGGAGUUUAAGAACUGGGUACUCAUACUUACAGCCAACACCCAAAAAGUGAAAAAUAUUAUUCAUGAAGAAGUUUCAAAAUAUGAAAAGCAGUAUCGUGGCAAAGAGCUUCUCGGAUUUGUCAACUACAAGACAUUCCAGACCAUCGUGCAGCAAUACAUCGAACAGCUGGUAGACCCCGCUCUCCUUGUGCUCCAGAAGGCUGUUGAAAUUGUCUGGCAAAGUUUCACUGACACAGCCAAAAAGAAUUUUGGUGAAUUUUCCAACCUCAAUCACACAGCCCAGAGCAAGAUUGAAGACAUAAAAACAAAACAAGCGGAAACAGCGGAAAAUCUGAUCCGCCUUCAGUUCAGGAUGGAGCAGCUGGUUUAUUGUCAGGACCAGAUUUACAGUGUGGUUCUGAACAAAGUCCGAGAGGAGGUGUUUAACCCAGUGGGAAAGCCUUCCCAGAAUCAUUUGAAAUCGCCUGUUUCAAAUAAUACCUCCUCAGUUUCCUCCAUCAAUGAAAUCGGGGUGCACCUGGAUGCCUAUUUCCUGGAAACGAGCAAACGUCUUGCCAACCAGAUCCCAUUCAUAAUUCAGUAUUUUAUACUCCAAGAGAAUAGUGACUGCCUGCAGAAAGCCAUGAUGCAGAUACUACAGGAAAAAGAACACUAUUCCUGGCUGCUGCAGGAGCAGAGUGGCACUGCCGCCAAGAGGAACUUCCUGAAGGAGAAGAUCCACCGGCUGUCUCAGGCGCGGCGUGCGCUCUGUAAAUUCUCUAGUUAGAGGAGGAUACAUGUGGUGGAACUACAGUGCUUUGGGGCUUUUCUUCAUGUGUGUGCAGUAUGAGGAAGAUGGUGCAGGAAGUGGCUUCUCAUUUCUGCUGCUGUCUGUCCAUCAUCGCUGUACUGCACUCUGCACCAGGGUUCAGAUCUCAAGUUCACACGCACACAAGGCUGUCACCUCCACCGGGUGGUCUUCUCUGACCUCCAUGAAGAUGUGGCUCUCCAGUCUUUGGGCUCCAUUGCCCCCAUCAUUCUCUAUGGAUUUGUGUUCCCCCACCGCCAUUACAUUAUGAGACCCCAGAGGGGGAAAGUCAGCACCCCAUACUUCUUCUGUAUUUCCAGAGUCGUGCAUGCACCUAGCACACAGCAGCCACUUAAUAAAUGAUAUCUCAGUGAACAAAUGAAUGCUGGUGAUUACCCAAUGCUUUGGCUUUAAUUUGGUUGCUUGGGAUGGUGUCCCUUAGCUGGGCACUCAGAGAAUUCAGUCAUACCACCUGCUUCCCACUGUUGGCUGUGCUUGUGUUGCCCAGCCCCCUAGGAGAACUGAGCUUGAGUGAUAUGGAUUUUAAUUUGUACUGUUUCCCUUGAGCAGUGAGCUUCCAUUGGUCUGUUAAGUCUUGAAGAAGGAAAAGAGUUGUUUCCACACCUGCCCAAAUAUUAUCAAUAUUUAAUUAGGAAAUUCAAGAAUAUGAUUUCAUAAGAAAAUAAUAAGGAAAAGCAUUUCCUAAAAAAAGAUACAGAACUGCCAGAGUCAAGCUCCAGCCCAGGUGUGGGUCACGAAGGAAAGGACAGCGUCGGCAAGUGCAGAGAUGAGUGAGAAGGCGAAACACCCAAUUAAGGUUGUAACAUCUCCUGACAUCAAGCAGAAGGGUCUUUAUUUUUAUAUCUUUUUAAGGUUUACAUAAUGUUAAACAUUUUUCUUUAAUCAUGAAUAAUACAGUUCUUUAUCUGUCAGAUUACAUAAUUUCAGCUUAUUACCCUUAAGUAAAUAUCAUUUAUUCUAAUAGUAGCUGUUUAACAUUUAAUUUUUAACUUUCCCCUAGUCUAUUGUGAUUAGUAAUUCAUGUAAGCUACAUGCUAAGUGCUAAACAGAAAAUGGCGUGAGACAGCAUGUGGCUAAGUGUGUGGGCUGAUUUUUACUUUAAGCGUGUAAAAUUAUAGAGUUUAAGAUAUGUGUCAAAGGCUAUAUGAAGUUUAAACAGGCUAUAUAAAUGCAAGCUAUAUGUCUUUUGAUCAUUAA